AUGCGGAAGCAGUGCCUGCAAGCAGGGGCGGCGCGCAGAGCCACCUGGCUGCCCCUGAGCCUAGGAGCUGAACAUGCCAGUCGCUUCCGAGAGCCACCUGAGGAUGAGAUCCAUGCCUUCGAGGCACAUGUGCAGAGCUGCCAGAAAGACUUUGACCUGCACACGCUUUACAACGUGCUGCUGCUGCUCCUCCCCGGGAGCCCGACCUGGGAGGUGCAAAGCCUAGAGCAGCUGGAAAAGCUUGUCGCAGGCAGGGACUGGCCAGGCCAGGACACCGUGAAAAUUACAGGCAGCGCUGAGAGUUGUGAUGUCCCUGGCUAUGUCGCCUGGCUCAGCUCCUACCUGGGGUAUUUAAAUGCUUUAAAAGAGACGUUUGAUGCUAAAGUCGUGUUCCCUUUGUGUGAGCACCUGUAUGUCCACGAUGAGCUGGAUGUCAGGGCCGAGCGCCAGUCUCCUGUGGGUUCCUACAGCAGGUCUGGUGCUGGGCAUAGGGGGGAGAAGAGGCCCCACGCUGUGACCUCCAUUGCAGAUAUUGCCAAGCAACUGUUUGCUGUCAGGAGGAAGUGGGCCUUGCUGCUCAACCGGCGGGUGAUUGACGACCGAGUCUUCAGCCCCCAGAGCCUGUGCGCCCUGCAGGGCUUUGCCAACAUUGGCCCCGUCGUGAAGGUUCUGAGGCUGGUCCCUGACAUCUUUCACAAGAGCUUGGCCACGGCAGCGCUUGGCAGGCAGUGGCUCAGUCUCCAUGGAAGCAGAUACAGCGUCUUCCAGCUGCCAUCAGAACCAGGCCAGGAGAAGGGCGAGUGUAGAACUGGGCUGGCUCCUGGCACCUCUGAGCCCUGGAGGAAUGGAGUGGCCAUAUGCCUCCCUGAGUCUGCCAACGGCUGCAGCAGUUUCUCAGGAGGCCAGUUACACCCCAGACCCAGGAGAAGCAGCAGCAGCUUCAGCUCCCAUGAUGGAGGAGGCUGGCUGGGCAACGUCAGUGCGAUGCGAACCAAGCUGCGGGAGAGUCGAGAGGAGCUGAUGGCCCUGCUCUGGCGAGUGGAACGUGCUGGAGUGCUGGAAACCCAGCUGCACGAGCUAACCCAGAGCAUCUCCAGCCUGCAGCUGGAGCAGCAAGAUACAAGGCACAAGCUGGACAAUUUCCAGCAAAGACUGGAACAGGCAGACUGGGACAUGCCUGGCAGCAUACCGCUGCUUAGCAGCCAGUGCCAGGCAACGCUCAGACAGCUGGAGGACCUGGGGCGGCACGUGGAGCUGGAGGAGUAUCAUAAGAGCAUCUUGCAGAGCGACUGGCUGCUGGAGCUGGAGCUCAGACCAUGUCUUAUUCGGCAGCUUGAUGCAUUGCAGCAGCACUGCAGAGAGCUGGAGCAGUCGCUACAGGCCGGGGACCAGGCCACACUGCAGCAUCUCCUGCCAGCAAGUAGGACGGACUCUGCUUCCCUGUGUGACUCAGGGCAUUGCUCCACCGCGUCUCCCAUGCCGACAAAUAAAGCCUGAGUCCUGCCUUUGGAGAGGGACAAUGGCAGGAGGGACUGGACCCCAUUUUGCUGCCUCUGUUAAUUGAUAGACUCUGUGUAUAUGUGUACUGCUCAAUGCACGUGUGUGUCUGCCCCCCCGCCUGCUGCUGGAUGGAGUCUGACCUGCAUCUCUGACCUGCCUUCCAGGGUGGGAGACCCACAGCUGCUGCUGCCAGCGGCAAUCUGAGAUUUGGGGCACAUGUUUCAGGAACAGACGUUAAACCUGGAAAGUGAGAGCAGGAAGGACUCAGCUCCCUAACUUGUGACUGCAAGGAAUCGCGGUAUCUGCCCAGCAGAGUCCAGGCCCCCUAGGCCAGCUCAGCGUUCCUGAAGAACAAGGCCAAAAGCCUUGAGCAGCCAGCAUCCGCCCCCCCCUCCCCGCAGUGUAUGACUCAACUUAUCCUUCCCUGCAGUGUCCCUGUCAUCCAAACGCUCAGCCCACAUGCCACCUGGGACCCACAUAGCACCAGCUCCAGACUCUGCCACCAGAGGGGGCAGGAAAUGCACC